AAAAUCGACCUGCCGACCUGUCAAAACAACGCGGCGCAUUUCACUCAACAACACGUGCGUUUUCAAGUGCGGUCGCCAAAUUUCGUGAAAUUCUUUCGAUUUUAAUCGCAUUCUGCUGAUAUUUUAAGUGUUUCCGUUCGAUUAAACCACACACAACAGCGAUGAAGCCAAAGGUCGCCAAGAAGGCAAAGUCAAAAUCCGGCGGCGGCACCGCCGCCCUCGAGGACAUGUCACUGGACAACUUCCUGGACCACAUGGAUGACGACCUGGGUGAGGACAGUGAUGCGGACGCACCGCCGGUGAAGAAAAAGAAGAAAUCGAAACCGACGGCGGAGGAGCCGGUUAAAGUUACGAAGAAGAAAAAGGCGAAGGUUGAGGAGGCGCCGGCUGCAAAUGGCAAGGACGGGAAGGUGAAGAAGAAGAAGAAGGUUGAGCCGGAGCAAACGUCGGACGUCGAGAUGGAGGAGGGUGGCGGUCAGAAGGACUUGGAGCGGGAGCACAAGAAGGCGCUCGAUAAACUGGAGGUGACCGAUCCGGAGUUGUUUGCGUUUUUGAAGAAGAACGACCGGAAGCUGCUGCGGUUCGGCGGGAUGAACGUGGAGGAUGAUGGUGAGGGGGAGAGUGACGAUGAUGAUGUUAGUGAGGUGGACGAGGCUGAUUUGGACUCGGAUUCGGAUGGGGAGGGGAAGGUGCACGAGCUGCCGGACAAGCUGGAAGUGGCCAGUGAUGAGAGUGACUUGGAGGAUGACGAUAAGGAGGAUGGGGAGUGGGAGGAUGAGGAGGAGGAGGUUGUUGAGCCUGGGAAGCAGGUCAAGAUUACGCUGCGGUUGGUGAAGAAGUGGACGGAGUCGUUGACGGCGACGCCGUUGAAGAAUCCGGAGAUUAUCCGGACGGUGUGCCGGGCGUUUAACUCGGUGCUGGUGACGGUGACGGGGGAGACGAACGUGAUUCCGGCGUUCAAAGCAGAGGGUUCGGCGAUUUUCAACGCGGUCGUGCAGCUUUGCGUGCUGCAUUUGGGAAAUGCGAUCAAGAGUUACCUUGGAAUUGCGAAUUCCAAGGGCUUUAAGAACCUGAAGAAGAACAAAAAGUUCUUGAAGAUUCGCUCGUGUCUGCGAAUCUACUUCACCGAUUUGACCAACCUGCUGGAGAACGUGUCCUCUGUGCACAUCAUGAACGUGAUGUUGAAGCAUUUGCACCAGUUUUCGUCGAUUCUGGUGUGCUAUCCGACGAUUACGAAGCCGAUCCUGAAGCGGUUGAUCGUGUUCUGGAGUACGGCGGAGGAGCAAUCCGUUCGCGUGCUGGCCUUCCUCUGCAUCCUGAAAAUCACCCACGGCCAAAUGCGCCAGUUCCUGAGCGAUGUCCUGAAGAACAUGUACCUCGCGUACGUGAAGAACAGCAAGUUCGUCAGCCCAAACACGCUCGCCGCGAUCAACUUCAUGCGACGCUCCCUGACGGAAAUGUUCACGCUGGACCUGAAAGUCUCUUACCAGCACGUCUUUCUCUACGUCCGACAGCUCGCGAUUCACCUGCGAAACGCCAUCAUCCUGCAGAAGAAGGAAAGCUUCCAGUACAUCUACAACUGGCAGUUCGUCAACUCGCUCAAACUCUGGGGCGACGUCCUGGCCGCGACCUACGACAACAAAACCCUGGAACCGCUCGUGUUCCCCCUGGUCAGCAUCAUCCACGGCACCAUCAAGCUCAACCCCUCCGCCCAGUACUUCCCCCUCCGCUUCCACUGCUGCCGCAUGCUGAUCGACCUGACCGCCCGCACCCGCGUCUUCAUCCCCGUCCUGCCCUUCAUCCUCGAAGUCCUCACCAUGAACUCCUUCAACGAAGAGCACAAAAAGCUCUCCAUGAAGCCCGUCAACCUGACCUGCCUGCUCCGCUUCGCCCCCGCCAACAUCCAGGAAAACGCCUACAAAGACGCCGUCCUCGACCAAAUCUACGAACUCACCCUCGAGUACCUCGCCCACGAGUCCUACUCCCUCUGCUUCCCCGACCUCGCCGUCUUCCCCCUCAUGAACCUGCGCGCCUUCUGCAAAGCCACCAAAGUCUACAAAUACUCGCGCAAGCUCAAGACCCUCGCCGACAAGAUCGUCGAAAGCUCCGCCCACAUCGAAAAGCUCCGCAAAGUCCUCCCGUUCCGCCUCAACAACAUCCCCGCCAUCCAGGCCUGGGAGGCGCAACGCAAAGCCGAAGGAACGCCCCUCCUCAAAUUCUACCAGCAAUUCGCGCGCGAAAACGAAAAGGUCAAACGGCGCGAAGCCAGCCAGAGCGAGGACGUCGCCGAUUACGAGCUGCCCACGAUCAAGAAGAUCACCAAGAAGCAGCAGGUGCGACAGGACGGGCCGGUUGAGCUGUUCCCCUCGGAUGACGACGACGACUCGGAUUCCGGAAAUGGUCCCGAAGUGGACUCGGACGACGCGGAUGAGGUGCUGGUGCCGAAGAAGAAGAAGAAGACGGCAGAGAAGGUUGGAAAGGAUAAGAAGAAGGUGAAGAAGAGCAAGAAGGGAGCGGUGGUGGAGGGGGAUGUGGAGACGGAGUUUCCUACCGAGAGGGUUAACGAAGCGGAAGCGGUGGAUAUUCUGAAGGAUUUGAAGCUGGAUGAUUGGGAUGAUUAAGCGGCUGCUGCUGCUGUGAAGAGUGAAAGAGAGAGAAAGAGAGUGGUAAUAUGUAAUGUAUGAUGUGUAUGUACGUUAAGUUUCAUGCAAAUAAAUUUCUUUAAAGUUA